AUGGCGGACUUCAAAUUUAAUUUUGGAUCCGCGGAUAUUGACGAAAAUGCGACUGUUUCUGCGUCUGGAAACGGUGAGGACGUUUUACCAGAACUCAGAACUGCUUAUGAAGCAAAAGAAAUUCAAAUAGCGUCCAGUACUCCAGCGUAUUCGGAUUCUGCAAUGGACGAAAUUUGCCUUAGAGGUGGUACCUUUAGCCUUAAACACUUGAGCGAGACAAGUGUGGAUGAAAAUCUAACGAAUAGUGCAGUUAUAAAAACGGCGACUGAAAGGAGCUCGGACCUGAUUCCUUCGGUUUACGAAGGAGGGCUUAAAAUUUGGGAAUGUAGUGUUGAUUUGGUGGAGUAUUUGUUGGAAAGCGGAAUCAGUUUUCAAGGAAAGCGAGUAUUGGAAGUUGGAUGUGGAGCAGGGCUACCGGGAAUAUAUGCUCUUCUGCAAGGAGCUCAAGUUCAUUUUCAAGACUACAACGACGAUGUUAUUGAGCAUGUGACGAUUCCUAAUGUAUUGCUGAAUCUUCAGCAGCGACUGAAAAGUGAACGCUGUGAAUUGAAAGCAACAGCAACUAAUUUCGACCUCCUCGAAACAGCGCGUCGAAGUUGCCGUUUUUAUUCAGGUGACUGGGGAAAUUUGUUAGGUUUCAUUAACCCAGAACUAGCCUCGGAGAUGCUAUAUGAUGUUAUCCUAACUGCUGAGACAAUUUACGCUGUGGAAUCACAUGACAAGUUGUACCAGUUCAUUAAGAGACACCUAAAGAAACAUGACGGCCUUGCCUAUGUAGCAGCCAAAACAUAUUAUUUUGGUGUCGGUGGAGGGACAAGGAGUUUUGAGAAGUUAGUUUUAAUGGACGGUGUGUUUGACGUGUCAGUUUGUAAGGUGUGCAGUACGGGUGUACAACGAGAAAUUUUGUGUUUGAAAUACCGAUAG